AUGCAGAGCUGUGACGAGCUUGCGUCGGCCUUUCGAGCGCUGCAGCGGCGAGUGAAGGCUCAUGCACCCAAGGUGGUCUGCAGCUUCUGCAAGCGCAAAUUCAAGAUCUACCAAGACUUGCAGUCCCACAUCACUACAAAGCACGCCGAGGACCCGCAUGCUCUACAAAGCCUGAGUCAGCCAUUCCUGGGCUGGAGGCUUCAGGUGGCCUUUGAAGACGACUGGCUCGCUGUAGUAGUCAAGCCUCAGCGGGUGCCUACGUUUGGCAAAGGCAGCCUCGACAAAGCUUCCUGGUUACUUGGCCAACUCUCGCGAAGCCAAGCAUCUGACUCGCUGGGCCAGGCAACACCAGUCCACCGCCUGGAUGCAGCCACCGGAGGGUUGCUGGUCCUGGCGAAAACCCGCAGUGCUCUCCGCAUCCUCAGCGCGACGUUUGCGGAGGGACUCGUAAAGAAGCGAUACCGGGCGCUGGUUCGGGGAAGCUUUCCACUUGGAUUUGAAGGGCGCAGUGAGGAGCCACUGUACGGAAAGAGGUCCGUGACCCGCUUCACAAGCGUGGCAGCUCCUGUCGAGACGCCUCAAGGGCCGGUCAGCACUUUGGAUCUGUGGCCGGAGUCGGGAAGACGGCACCAGCUGCGCCGACAUCUGUCAAUGCUUGGCUCUCCGAUAUUAGGUGACCGACGCUACGGCGGCCGCGACGACCAAGCCAGCAAAGAGGAGGAUCAUCGGUCUGACAGCAAAGAGCAUCACGAUGACGAUGCUGACGAAGCUUGCAUGGCGCGUGGCAGACGCCUCCACGGCUCAAGUCCAGGUGCAAAGCACGACUCCGACAACUGCAACAUGAUGCCGCUGUUCCUCUGGGCACUGCAGCUCUCCUUUCCGCAUCCGCGUCACAGAUCGGCAGAGCAGCGCGCCGGUCAGGAUCAAAAGGCUAUCACACUGUUUCCCGACUUCCUUGCAAGCCUCUCCAAGCCUUUGCAUGUGUCAGCUCAGAAUGUGUCCGGGGGCUACGACCCUUUGCAGCAUGCAAGCAGGGAAGCAGUGUCUGGCGGGAAUGGAACAAACAACGCACCAGCUCAGCUUAUCAGGGCCCUACAGGUCCUGGCAGGGGAUCGAAACUGGGAUCUUGGUUAUCACACAUUCAAACAGGCAGCAGUCAGCCACCUGCGACAAGAGCCGGAUGCCGUCUUCAUCAUCGUCGUUGUUGCUUCUGCUGUUGUGAUGGCGAUGCGCCUCGUCGUCGUCGUUGAUGUUGCUGUCCCCACUGAAUGGCUAGGAGUCCUACUUUGCGCAAUCCGACUCUUGGAGUUUUACACCCAGCAUGCCCCUUGGGCCAAGAUCGCGGUGAUGCAUCACUUGGACGGUAGAACAGCUUGCGAGUCGGAAGGAAGCGCUAUCGUGAAGUUCCACACCUCCGAAGACCUGAGAUUGCCAAGGUUAAUCAGGUUCGUGCUCCUGGUGGUGAAUGGUGGUGACGCUCCACUCACACUGGAGCUGCAAGAACAGAUAGAAUCCCUGGACCACCUGCGUGCCUGCUUCGCCAACAACCUUCAAAGCCCGCGGCUCCCGGAUCUCUUCUUCCCUCUGCCACUAGGUCUUACCUCGGAGACUCUUCUCGAGCAAGUGCGACAGAAGGCGAAGCCCUGGGAGCUUCGGGAUCGUCGCCUGCUGGUCGCGCCUAUGAGGCUGCACAACCGCCUUCGGAAGCGAUACCUGGAUGCACUUGCGGACAGAGAGUACGGCGACGUGGUGCACAUCGUGUCCGAAUCCUUACCCUACGAAGCUUUUCUAGUGUUGGUCAGUCAGCACCAGAGCAUUCUUUCCCCUCCUGGACGAGGUUACGACUGCGGCCGCACCUGGCAAGCCCUAGCCCUUGGCACAGUGCCGCUGGUCGCACGAGAUGAACAGUUCGAUCAGCGGCUUUUUGAAGGUGGUCCUAGCUACAUGCCGGCACCAGAAGAUCUCUCGCCCGAGCUGCUGCUUGAAGUCCUGACCAGGCUGGCAGAUCCCGCCGAGCACCUGGAGAAGCUCACGCGCCUGGGUGAUUCGGUUCUGGAAGGACAGGUGGAGAAGUUGCUUCCCUUGAGCUGCACGGCGAUUGAUCACGACUGGAUGUCACAUGCACCAGCCACCAGCAAGUAUAUCCAUGGAGGAUUGACGCAGCUGUCAUCGCAAAUGCGGAUGACGAGUGAGGCGAGGAUGGAAGUGCCCCGUUGCGCUUCAUUGUGGGAAUUAGAGCCCGGUCCUCACUCCGCGGGCCAAGCCUGGCGCGGAACACGAAACUUCUGGGACCCGACAUGCCGGGUCCAUCCGUCUGGUGCGAUGCAGCGCUGCCUGACCAUGCAGGUCUUCAGCCAUGCAGCCACCGUGCUCGGAGUUUCAAGGGUCGCCUUGCAGCCGAGUCCCGUCUCGAUGUGCGGCGAAAGUGAAGUAAAAGCUCCACGUUACCACGUGAUAUCUGUUGCAGAGGUUUUGAGUAAUCAGCCGGAAGGUGACGUGGCGUGGUCGGUCUUGGCGCCAGGUCUCUGUUGCGACGCCGACGUAGAGUGCGGCCGUGAAGUGUUUACUGAUGGCGCGAUGGAGGAUCUGCUUGGAGACGUGUCGCAGGACCUGCUGGCUCUGGAUGAGGAUCCGGAGCCGCUCCGCGCAUGGCUCGGCUCCCACGGCCGAUCUGGGACGCGCUUCGUCGGCCACUACUACGAGUCUCUCGUGCACUUUGCCUUCGCGGAGCUGGGAAAAGUGCCUGUGGCACUGUACAGUGAGCCCAUACCGAAGGAGAAGAGGUCCAACAAGAGCGCAGCGGGCCCACCCGGUGCUGUCGUCAGGCGCUUCAAGCCCGCGCUGAAAAGCUCGUGGGAUGUAGAUUUCUUCUGCAGCAUCCACGAAGCGGCUUUUCUUGAAGGUGGCCAGCUUCGCAUCAGCUUCAAGGUCAAGCGCGGUCGGUCCAGAGAAGCUUUGCCUUUGCCAGAACAUGCCACGCUCGCCUCGGACGGUGGUCUUCGCAAAACUGCACAUUACUACAGCCCGAGAGCACCGCCAGACAGCGGCAUCAUGGACGGAGAGGUGUUCUUCGAGGACGUUCCAGUUUCCGAUGAGUUGGAGUUCACUUAUGCUCCGGGCUUCUCGGCCGUCCCACUGCGGCCAACGAAGACACGGGAGCCAAUCCAGGGCGAGGUCGACUACAUCCUGCAGCCGGACCUGAGUUCACCACGUUUUCUGCAUCUCGAAGUUGCGGUGAAGUUCUACCUGGCAGCAAAAGAAGAGGUUGCGACAUGGGAUGACUUCAUCGCUCCAAACCCACGAGAUGUCUUGGGGUUGAAGUUGCGCCACAUGCUUUCACACCAACUAAAGAUGGGGCAGACAGACCACAUCCGAAAUCUUCUUGCAGCUCGUGCGGCUGGUCAGAGUGCCCAGAGCUUGGAGACCCAGAGCCGCCUUUGGAUGAAUGGUCGGCUCUUCUUGCCCGUGACAGAGCCCUUGGAUGAAUCCCGCGAACGCCCAGAAAGCUGGCAUUCGCAGAUCCCCAUGCUCAGUCCGAAUCUUGAGGUUGGAUGGUGGUGCCGCUUUAGGGAUCUCGAUCGGGUCCUACCGGCAGCUUUUCGGUAUCUAGUCCUGAAGAAGCCCUACUGGCUGGCGCCACUACGGGGUUCAGGAGGGAGGCAUCUGGAUCAUGGCCGGCUGCGGACCCGCAGGGAGCUCCUGAAAGAAGCGAAGGCAUGGAAUCGUUUCCAGUACAUCGCUGUGUUGGCUGCAGAUGCAAGCAGCUUCGAGGAGCUCUGCCGAGGCUUUGUGGUUCCCGACGAGUGGCCGGAAACGAGGCGAGAGAGGAGGCCUAGGAGUUCUUCGAGCUCGCCAUCUAUCGCAGCCGGAAGCAAUUAA